AUGCACACUAACAAAUCUUUUGUCAUUUUGGCUGCUAUGGUCGUCACCAGUGUCAUCACUUUGCCUGCUAGACCUCUCCUUGUGCCUGCACGUCCAAAGAAUAAUCAACGACGAGCAAUCUCAGCUGAUGUUCUACUCAACAAUGGAAAACUGGCUCAAGGUCUCAAUGCCAAAUAUGCGACAAUGACAUUACAAUCCUCUUGCCAAGAAGGCGAUCAUGCUUGUCUUCAAGGUGGAUUUGCUCAAUGUGUCGCAGGCAAAUAUGUGAGCCUUGAUUGUUCCCCGCCUACUGUCUGUUUUGAAUUACCCUUGUUACUGAAGCCUGGAUCUGUUCCUACUUGCACAACACCCGAGGACGCUGCUACCCGAAUCGCUAAUACCGGUGUGAAAGGCGGUGUGAAAGGAGAUGGAACCGAGUCUUCCGCUGGCGGCAACUCGACUUCAUCCAGUGCUCCUGCUGCUUCAAUGGAUGGUGGGCCCAUUGGCGCUUCUGAUGCCACCCCCAACGCCAACGCAACUUCGAACGCCAACGCAACUCACACUGAUUCUCACCCUGAUGAGUUUGCGGAUGACGACUUUGCUACUUCUACUUUCACAAAUGCGACUCUAUUAUCCGGAGCUCCUGAAGACCCCACCUCUGGCAAUACGAACACCACUGCUCCCCUUGAAGCAAGUCCUAACGUCACUUCUUCUGACACCACCGGCGCUACCUUUUCCGACACCAUCGAGGACUGUAACUCCACUUUCACAAAUGCUACUCUUCCACCCGACAGUGCUGAAAAUUCAACCUCUUCCGUAAAAAAUACAACUGCCCCCCUGAAGGUAGGUUCAAACGUGACAUCAUCUAACACUUCCGGCGUCACUUUUUCCAACACCACCAUUGAUUUUAACUCUACCACCCCUGAAAACUCAACCGUGCCUACGGCCGCUACUGGUACCAAAGCAACUGUUUCGAACUCGACCUUGGAUGAAGAAGAUUGUGACGAUGCGUAA